ACUGGCGAAGAAUAUCCUGGUCAAUUUAUGACAAAUUUUCAAACUUGCAUCAAGCAUGUAUUCAUAGGAAUAACGUGGUUCUAACCAUCCUAACCAACUUCAGAGGCGUGUCAUGUUUGCAAUAAACGCGGCGUUCUUUCCGUAGUGUAUCCUAUAACUUUUUAAUAUUUUAUAAAAAUGCUUGCUCUAGGACCCAAAAAAGACGGUGGACCUAACACAAAAUUUUUUGAAUCGCAAGAAGUUCUCACACAACUCGAUGGAGUCAAGCAAUGGCUCUUGAAAAACUGUAAAAAGUAUGUACAAACAGAUCCUCCUACGAAUAAGAGUUUAGCUACUUUAAUAGUACAGUUAUUACAAUUUCAAGAAGAUAAUUUAGGAAAAAAUGUUUCAAAACCACCAAUGACAAGGCUUCCUAUGAAAUGUUUCUUAGAUUUCAAACCAGGAGGUGGCCUAUGUCAUAUCCUUGCUACAGCAUAUCGUUUUAAACAAGAGCAAGGAUGGCGGAGAUUUGAUUUUCCUGUUGGAAAGUCAGGAUCUCGUAUGGAUAGGACAGUGGAAAUGUUAAUGGCAGCUGAAAGAGCCUUAGCACAAAAUAGGUGUAUGAUUAUACCAAGCGUAUAUGUAAGACCUGAUGUAGACAAAUCCACUGCUGCAAAAGUAAAGGAAAUAGUUCGGCGGCAUCAAGGUACCAUAGCAGAAAAUGAAGCAGAUGCUACCCACAUAAUUUACCCUCCAGUAGAUCCAUUAGAAGAAGAAUAUGCACGUCCUUGUAUGAGGCGCGAGAGAUCUGUUCUGCUUCAUUGGUACUAUUUCCCGGAUAGUUACGAUUCUUGGACUAAUUUAGAUCUUCCAUGGGAUUUUCCGGAAGGUACGCUCACGAGUACGAGCAUGAAAUCCGUAUACAAAGUAUCUGCGACGUGGGCGUUAGAUUUAGAUCAGUAUAAUGAAUGGAUGAAUGAAGAAGAUUAUGAAAUGGAUGAAAAUGGUCAAAAGAAGAUACACAAAUACAGGUUAUCAGUGGAAGAUUUAAUGGCUCAGCCAUCUCAUCCUCCACCUUCCGCGAAGAAACCGAAAAGAAAACGAUCCCCUAGUCCACCUCCUAAAUUGUCAAAACGUAAAAGUGGAAGAGCACCAUCAGGUGUUCAGAGUACGUCGUCCUCGUCGUCACUUGCAGCGCCAAAAAAAUCACGCGGUGGAGAAGAGGAGGAUGAUCUCACUCAAGGAAUGGAAGAUCCACCGGCGGAACCUCGGAUCGUAGAAGUAGUUGCUACGCCUACAAACCCACCAGUUACUGGUCAAGGUAACGUUCCAACAAGUGGAGCUACGUUAACAACUACGGGAAGUAAAAAACAGGAUAAUGAACUUCAACCGCUGAAAUCUGGUAACAUGGCAGACUUGGAUGAACCAAUGGAAGGUGACAAGGGAAGUUCUCAAAGUACUCAAGACAGAGAAGAACGGGAUACAAGUAAAGAAAGAGGAGAAGGCAAUAAAGGAGACGAACCAGAAGACAAUGUUACGGAACAAACGCAUCAUAUCGUUGUUCCUAGUUAUUCAGCUUGGUUCGAUUAUAAUUCAAUCCAUACUAUCGAAAAAAGAGCUUUAUCUGAAUUCUUUAACGGUAAAAAUAAAUCUAAGACGCCAGAAAUUUAUCUCGCGUAUAGAAAUUUUAUGAUCGACACCUACAGAUUAAAUCCCACGGAGUAUAUUACAUCGACAGCCUGUAGACGUAAUUUGGCAGGUGAUGUGUGCGCAAUUAUGCGUGUACAUGCCUUUUUGGAACAAUGGGGACUUAUUAAUUACCAAGUAGAUGCUGAAUCCAGACCAACGCCUAUGGGACCGCCACCAACAUCGCACUUUCACGUAUUAUCGGAUACUCCUUCUGGUUUGGCUCCGGUCAAUCCAAACCCUCCAAAAACACCACAGCCUUCGGCUGCAAAGACUUUGCUCGAUUUAGAAAAGAAGUCGAGUGUAAUUGGACCAGAAGAAAAGGUAUCAGCUGGUGCGAUGACAAACUUCGGAUUAAAGAUUGAUCAGUAUUCAAGGAAACCCACGGUUUUAAAGAACAAACAAGCUGCUGGCGCUACGCGUGACUGGACCGAACAAGAAACACUUUUGUUAUUAGAGGGAUUAGAAUUACACAAAGACGAUUGGAAUAAAGUUUGUGAGCAUGUUGGUUCUAGAACGCAAGAUGAAUGUAUUUUGCAUUUCUUGCGACUUCCAAUAGAAGAUCCAUAUUUAGAAGAAGGCGGACCAGAAGGGUUAGGUCCACUGGCUUACCAACCGGUACCGUUCUCCAAAGCUGGCAACCCAGUCAUGAGUACUGUUGCAUUUUUGGCUUCUGUCGUUGAUCCUAGAGUGGCAGCGAGUGCAGCUAAAGCUGCUAUGGAAGAAUUUGCAGCUAUCAAAGAUCAAGUACCCGCCGCGCUAUUAGAUCAACACUUAAGAAAUGUUCAAGCUAGCGCAAAUUCUGAUGGUAAGUUUGAUCCAGCUGCAGGCUUAGCACAGUCUGGUAUAGCUGGAACAGGACCACCCGAACCACCGGAUGAUGCAACGGCACCCUCAACAACCGGAAGCGUACCGUCGGCAGUAGCUACCUCUCCACAUUCGGCAAGUUCGGCUUCGAUAGAAUCCAAAAAAGAAGAACCAGAAAAACCUAAAGAACCUGAAGUCGAUCAAAACCAAUUGGAUAUACCGAAAAAGGAAGAAGAACUCAAAGAAACGGAAGAGGAUACAAAAUCUGCUAUGGAUGCCGAGACGAUGGAGGCAAAGGAAAAGAAAGACAAGGUGGUGCGAGACGCGCAACUUCAAUCCGCAGCUGCCGCCGCAUUGGCAGCAGCCGCUGUUAAAGCAAAACACUUAGCAGCCGUGGAAGAACGCAAAAUUAAGUCUCUGGUAGCGUUGCUGGUUGAAACGCAAAUGAAAAAAUUGGAAAUUAAAUUGCGCCACUUCGAAGAAUUGGAAACUACGAUGGAACGGGAACGAGAAGGUCUCGAAUACCAGAGACAACAACUUAUUACUGAAAGACAACAGUUCCAUUUGGAACAGUUGAAAGCUGCAGAAUUUAGAGCUAGACAACAAGCGCAUCAACGCUUAGCCCAGGAACAGCAACAACAACAACAAAAUCAACAUCCCACCUGGCAACCUACACCUCAACAACAACAGCAGCAACAACCACCCAGCCCGCAAGCAGCAGCUCAACAACCACCGGCACAUACGCCUCCUCAACAGGCAUAAUUCAUCUAAGGAUCUUUGGGUGGUUGUUUUGGAUUAAGUAUACGUAACGAGGACAUUAAAUGAAAAUGGUAGUGCUGGAGAAGUUGGGUCAUGUGA